AUGAAGGCUGGACAAGCGAUUAAAUACCAACAAACGAUUCCGCGCAAGCAGAACUCAAUUCGAUCCUAAAAUACAAGUAAGGGGCUAACGUCACUUGAAUUCCCUAGCAAAUUUUGUUUUAUUAAUAACGACCAAACUAUUAACUAUGAAACGUCGAGAAUUCACUAUCAAACACCAAACAAUGAUUUUAAAGCAAUCAACUCAUUCGGGUGUUAAUGAGGGGCUAUACUUUUUCCAACGGAGUAAAAAGUUACGAACAUCCAUCUAAGUUCUUCUUCUGGUACAACCCAAGUAGUCCGUGUCAAAUUAGUUCUGAUAAAGUGCGUGCAAUAACGUAAACAGAGCAGAGGGCGAGGGUCAAUGGGUGAGGUACUAGUAAGUGAAGUGCAGACAGAAUCGGGCUUGCUGCCCGGGCGCGCAUGUCGGUUUACUCGAGUGCGGCAUUAGUGGUUAUUUUUUUGUCUUUAGAUGAUAUACGGAUCAAGAAAUAAAUAAUGAUGUCGAUUUUCAAUGUGAAAAAUAUGAUCGGGCAAUUCAACUCCAAAUUUGUCAUUACUCUGCCGUCGAUCAAUUUAUCUCGAACGCAAAAGAUUUUAAUUAUUUGCCUAACAAGUGGAACGCUCCUGUUGGGCGGGUUAGCCCAAUUUUUGAAAAGGCGCAGACGACAUCCAGCUUCUUUUGCUAGAAGAUACCCCAGAGACGUGAGACAUAAAUACAUAAAUGGAAAGAGUUCAAACUUGGAUGCUAUAUCCCAAGUAUCCUGGGCAAGGCGAAGCGAAGCCAGUACUCGGAGUCACGUCAGUGACCGAGCCUCCCUGAUCUCGUCAGUUCCAGGUGGCCCCGACGGUGAUGUCAAGCUCACGCCACAACAAUACGGAGUACUCGGACUCGAGGCACUCGAGCGCGCCAUAUACUGCUGGGAGGAUGCCCUUACAGCUUUCAGCUCCUCAUUGAAUUGCGGAGACGCCCUUGCUCUACCCUCCAAGGCCGACGCCGCGUUCACUCACGAUGUCCAGGAGCUGCUUGACCUCGGUUACCACAUACAAAACACCGCCGAGCUCCUCUUUAUAGAUCAGCACUCCGUACUAUUCCGUAACGAAAGUGACGCGGGCAGCGAGGAGAGCCGGAAGCACUCCGUAUCAGGAACUCGAGCGUCUUCCACCCACAGGGAUAAACAGGACGCGGCGUCAUCCCCAGAGUCAUUUGAAUCGGCCCGCGACGGGGUGGCCGAUCUUCGGGAGUUUGAGGAGUUCUCGGAGUUUUUUCCGCACUUUGAAAAGCAGAAGUUGUACCACACGGCGCUGAAGCAACACGAGGACAAGGGCAUACCUUGCAGGAAGUUACACACGGAGUUGGUUAAGUGUGGUUCCGAUGUCGAGUACCUGGCCAAGGUCCACUGCCUGCGGCAGGCUUUCUCCAGGUUAUUCGCCUGGCCCGCCGCCGCCUCGUGGAUAGCUGACAUGGGAAGGCAGCUGAUCAGUGAUCUGAUCGUAUACGCGGAUAGGGACCCUAAGGACUAUCUAACGCACUACGAAGCCAUGCUCGACUUUCUUCAGGAUCCAAGUAAGCGUAGUAUGAUGCAGGAGGAACUUUCGGGGCGAAAUGUAAAGUGCAUCAAUUUCUACGACGUGUUGAUCGACUUUAUACUACUUGAUGCUUUCGACGAGGUCGAGAAACCACCGUCGUCGAUAAAGGCGAUACUCCAAAACCGAUGGAUUUCAGCGAGUUUCCGUGAAACGGCCAUAGGUACAGCGGUGUGGUCCGUGCUAAUGGGAAAGCGCCAGAUGCUCAAAUACAACAAGGGUUUCCUAGCGCAUUUCUAUUCUAUUUCGGAACAAAUAUCACCGGUCUUGGUCUGGGGUUUCCUAGGACCCGAGGGAAGCCUUCGUGCUACUUGUUACUACUUCCGGGAGCAGGUCGUCGAAUUUCUUGUUGAUAUAUUCAAUUUUUUCAAAGUUCGCUAUACCACGGUCGAUGAGCUGGCCGAGGACAUCCUCAAGGAAAUAAAAACUAGGGUGGGAAACAUAAAUCAAAGACUUUCACUGGAAGGUUGUUAAAAAAUGCUGUAUUAUAGAAAUUUAACAUUUGUAAUUGAUUAGACUAACCGGAACGAGUUAUCGUUCAAAUAACUGGGCUGACCGCCUUAAUAGUGAAGGUACAACGACUAUACGAUUAACGGGUAAUUCGCUUUACCCGUAAACGUUUAACCGUGUGUUCAAAUUUACGUACAUCUAAGGUAUAGACGAAUUCGUAGACAGUGGUAGAUAUGAUCUGUGCCGUUCUUCUCGUUAGCUUUAUGUAGCAAUAAUUAACUCGACGGUGAUUGCCGUUCGUUGCUGUGGGUACGCUAAAAGAUUCACUAUUUCAGAACGAAGGAAGAAAAUUUCAUUAUCGUUUUAUUCGUGAUGUACAGAGUGCUGGUGAAUUAAGCAAGGUGCCGACUAGUCUGCAGGUGAUUUGUAAGACAAGUAAACUGCGUAGAGUUCGCUUUAAUCUUGUAAAUAAUAGU